GAGCUCAGAGCCCGACACCAAAAAGUAAACAGACUUGUUAUGAUCUGUCAGAAAGCUGCAGGCGUCACUUCCUACAAGAUUUACUUUCAUUUAGAGGAAUCGGACACUUUCACGCGGCUCGUUUGUGAGAAUAGCGUGGAUAUUUUCCUCAGUGUCUCGGUGUUUUAGGUGACUGUUGACCUAAACUCCUGUUUUAGACGGCGUUAGCAUCAGCUGGCAGGGUUAGCCACCAGCCUGCUAGCUGACGGUGUCUCCUGCAAAGUUGACAUUAUCCGGACAGUUUGACAGAUUUUAGGAGUAAAAGUGUCCGUAUGUAAGUCACUACAUGCUUUAAAGCCUUUAUAACCGCUCUUUAGUUUAGACUAUGCCGUGAGUGUUUCUAUUAGGACGCUUCUGUAACAUCACACUGCUGCCUGUUUUAGCCGCCUGCUUUAAAAACCAUCUCCAGCCUUGUUGUUUUGAGAAGAUGUUGCUUCCGCUCAUGACAACCAUGCGAAGGGAUACCCGGUAGUAUGUGAGCUCCAGUGAUGAAGCCCGAACAUCAGCAUCCUGCCAUGGCCGAGGAUGGAGAAGUGAGUCCGGCGGGGGGACGCGUCGGCUCCUCGGGCCGCCCGGGCCGACAGAUGUACCGAAGUUCAGCCCACUUCCGCAGCCUGCUGGACGGCCUGCUGGCUCUCAGACAGGACGGUAUCCUGUUCGAUGUGGUGCUGCUGGUGGAGGGUCGACCCAUCCAAGCCCACCGUAUACUUCUGGCAGCUUCUUGUGAUUAUUUUAGGUAAAACUCUCAGCAGGUCACCAGUAUCUGUACUUUCACUUUCUGUAUGAUGCUCUCACUACACUGAACACUGAGUAAACUAACUUUUAAUAUGGAGAUACAGAGAAACUCAGUCUUUAGGCAGUGUUUAUGCAUGUUAUUGAUCAUAGACCUUUAAGCAGAUUAAAGUAUCUCCAGGCCAGCUCUACCAUUUUGCUUCUUUCUCCUCUGUCUUCAGGUGAGUUCAGGUGUAUAAAAAACAGUCUGUCUCUAAUGGCAAAAGUAAGGAUUGCUAAAAAAAAUAAACAAAUACUUCUUGUUACCAUCAUUUGUUUGCUCAUUUGUAGCUCAGGUUCUCUUUCUAUUUACUUGCCCUCAACACGAACCUUGAGCUACUCGCUGAUAAACAUGUUACUGAGAUGUGAUUAGAUAAUGAUUGACCGAGGAAGAAGUCAAAGGCAAAGCCUGGAGGAAGUUCCUGGUUCUUUUACAGAAACAAAAGCUGCAGCAGUGCAGAUUAACACCCAGUUUCAAGUUUAAGACCUACAUUUGAGAUUUUGCUUAAAAAAAAUACUUAAAAUGCAAAAAAUAAAAGUGCUAAUCUUGCAGAAAAGCCCAGACUAAUACACAGCACAUUUCAGGAUUAUAGUGAGUGAUUCUUUUAGUAAAUGCAUCAUUAAUGUUUCAGCUGUUCAUUUGAGCUCCUUAAUGUUUGAGUGAAUGGUCCGUUGGUUGCUUGGUAUUUUAUUAUUAAUGAUCUAAAUCUUCGGAGUGGUUGCUCACUAAUGUUGUUAAAAAUAUUGAUUAAAAUGGUGGACUAUCAUGGAAUGGAAAUAUACAGGAGCCACAGACCAUCAAAAUCUGCUUUUGUCAGCUUUAUUAGAAUUGAUUAUUGGGUUGAUUACAUAUUAUUACGUAUUGAUUGGGUAAGAUAACAUCACACCACCAGUCUUAACUAAUUCUAUUUACACACACUGCUGACUGUGACACCAGUGAGCUGCUUGGAGUUCAGUGUCAGGCCUAAGGACACAUUAGCAUGUGACUGAAAUAGCCGAGACCCUCAAAAAGACACUUUGUUUAAAGAGUGUGUCUCUGCACUGAUCAGCUGUUUGGUUCUGAGGAGUAUGAGACAACUUUUGCUCAGUGUGCAGUCACUUUAUACAUUUUUAAUCUCAGUUUCACUUCAGUUUAUGCUGAACAUUAUCCAGCUGACACAGAAAUUAUUGCAGAGUUAAUUUUAGAUCAGCAGCUUCAGACCAACAGAGUAUGAACGCCUGAAUGUUUUAGUUCAGUGUAUAGAGGGGGACACUGUGUCAUUCAAUCAGCUCCCUACUGUGAGGCUGUGACCAGUAAUCCCACUAAUGUUUUAAGUAGGUUAACAUGAGCCGCUUACCCCUCCUACUCAACAACAAAGCUUCGGUUUACUUUAGAGUAAUUAAGGAGUUAAGAGUGAAAGCUGACCGGUGUCAUGGCGGUUAAUUAUUUUGAGUUUCUUCAACUUCAACCAGUUGGAAAAAAUGUAAUUGCUGUGUUUGACCACCAGGGGCAUGUUCGCCAGAGGCCUGCGGGAGUCCCAGCAAGAGGAGAUCCCCAUUCAUGGAGUAUCUUACAUGGCCAUGAAGAAAAUACUGGACUACAUCUACACGUCCCAGAUUGAGUUAGACCUGGAGUGUGUGCAGGAGGUCCUGAUAGCUGCCACACUAGUACAGGUACUCCCCUUCUGUUGGUUUUUUGGCACAUUGUGUUGUUUGUUGUGUCUUUCCCCUCCUUAACAUCUGUUCCUUUUGUGUUUUAAAGCUCGAGCUUGUCAUCGGCUUCUGCUGCGAUUUCCUUUUCUCCUGGAUGGACGAGAGCAACAUCUUAGAGGUGCACAGUCUGGCUGAUGUCUAUGGACUGCAGCAGCUCAACGCCAGGAUCCACUCCUUCAUCCUCAGGAACAUCCAGACUCUGUCUCGAACCGAAGUGUACCGAAAACUCCCCCACAACCAGGUCUUCAUGGCGCUGAGCAGCAAUGAACUUGAGGUGAACAGUGAGAAGGAGGUGUACGAGGCGGCUCUGCACUACCACUUCAGUCCUGAGCAGGUGGAAACUGACCAGGUGUACUUGCAGGUCAGUCAAAAGGUGUGUCUCCUUUUUACUCAUCUGUAUUAGAUUCACAUUGUAAACCAAGUAGGACUAAAGUGAAGCUGGCAGGAGGGAACCAAGACAAAGGGUGUGCCAACAGCAGAGAGACAUAUGGCGUGUUUGUGAACAUGUAAACAUCUGUAGCUGGAGCAGCAGCAGCCGGUGGAUCCACAUUUUUUUCAUGCUUGUCAGAAUAAAGUAAACACCAGACCACAUGUGGACCAGAGCUGCUAGUGAAUAAACAAUUAUACCACAGGAGCCAAAAGAACAGGUGCAUGGGGAACAAUAGAGUAAAAAGAGAUGAAAAUUUCAACAUUUAUAUCAGUUACAUAAUGAGAGAAAUAAUAAUGUAGCCCUCUCAACUAACUCUAAUUUGUUACACAAUUGUUAUGGUAAAACGCCUUUUACCUGAUUACACCUUUUGCACAGGAGCUGAAUUGGAGAAAGUCUACUGAAAUAUUAACCUUGUAAUGUGUUUACUUUUACAUAGAGCAUAUGACUCUGCCUAGGGAGCAAAGAGUCCUGGUUAGCUUAUUUUAUAGCUAUAUUGUUGUUGUGAGCUUUAAUACUCCCAUGCAUGUACAUUUAACACACUAUAGCCUUAAUAACACCACAUUCAAAUAAAAACUGUGACUGCAAAUACAGAGUGCAACAGGAAGAAUGUUUAUUACACAGAAAGAAACAUAGACAAUCACCCUUUACUUUGGCCUGGUGACCCUUUGAGCCCAUUAAAUAAAAUAGAAAAAUACCCGGGUUUUGUAAUUCUGUUAGGGUACCAUAUCGUUGGUGCCCAUGUUGGAGCUCAUGUAUUUUUGUGAAAGUUUUUCUCAAUACUCACGAUAGCAACAGUUUCCUCAAAUCUUCUGUUCAGAGGAGUGAGGUAAGCAGAGAUGGAGAAACUUCCUCGCUCAACGGCAGGUUCUCUGGUGACAGCGUGAAUCCUGAGCGCCCUCUACAGCAGCAGAAGCAGCAGACCAUGUAGGCAGGCAAACCUGCAGGAAAGCAUGUAGACAUGUUAGUACACUAAGCCAGGGCUGUCAAGUUUCAGAAAAUACCAGGAGUGAGACUUUAGCAUUAUGAUGUGUUCGAAAAAAAAUGUGGCCUUUUCUUAACGUCAAUUUACACCUUAAGACUGAUGUCCUCACCUCCAUGCCAGCUGCUCUCCCUAAUGCUUUACUUAAUUAAAUAGAAAUUAUAAAUGAAAAUUGUAACAAGAAUUUUGACAAAAUACAUUUAUUUGUCAAUAUCGCAUUUUAACCAACUUUCCAUCAUUUAGCUGGAGACAAGAUAGUUAGAGGAGCCAAGACCCGCCUUACGUUGCCUCUGAUUGGUUUAUAUUGCACGAUGUCUUCCGUGGUUGGUUAGAUUUUGGCACAAAGGACGGAUGUAUUGGUCUGGGAUAUCACGGUCAGUCAAUCAGAAUUACUCGAACUACGGCAAGCCAAGUUUAUUAUCAUGAAACAAAAAUACAAAGUACCGAAUGGGGAAAUAUAAGCGUGGGAAAUAUCAGGUGUGGCUGUCACAGUCAAAGCGUAACGCUGUGCAGCUCUGCUACGCAGAAAUUCAAAACACCAAUAAACUCACUGGUCUUUCUUAUACAUUUGUCAUCAGUUCAAAUAAUACCCAUACUCACGCUAGAAACUCGGCGCAAGGUUUUUCUUUCUCUCACACACGCGGUCUCUUUCUCCCAGUUGGCGGGAACGAGGCUAGCUCGAGCUCUAUACACAACUAAAAUGGCGUCGCCGAAAUUCAGUACAAUUCCUGCUGUAACAUCUCUGAACUCGGUUUACUCACACAUUUGGUCCCGGUAACACACAAACAAACCACCCGGUUUAAGGUUUUAGUAUAAAAAGUAACUUUAAACUGUUUCACAUGACUUACAUCAACUUUUUCAUGGUGUAACUUGUCAUUUAUUCCUCGAGCCUCGUAUCUCCUCUCUUUCGUUAGUCCCGCCCCCUUCAGAAUCCGGUUGGUAGUUCACAAUCAUCUGUGAAAGGCACUGAUUGGCUAAUAACAGAUUGAUACCUGGUUACUCAAAUAAACAAAAGAAACAUCAUGAGACAUUCACAGACCUUUAAGAACAUGGGACAUUUAAGUACCUUCCCCAAAUUAAGUGCACUUACUAAUUUCUCUUUAUUAAUUCAAACUUAUUUCACCAUACAAAUAAUUUAACAGGCAUUAUUGCAAAAUACACUGAAUAUUUGUAAACCAAACACAUGUUUAAAGAAAUACCAUAUAAUUUAUGGCAGGGCGCUACAAUAAUAAUAAUAACUUUUUUUUUAAAUAAACCGGUUUAAUUUAAGAUUUUUUUCUUGCUUUGAUUGUCAGAUUUGUUUGUUUUUAAGAGCGAGAGACUUCUGCUGGUUUUGUCACACAUAAAUUCAGAGUUACUAAACUCUGUGUUUCAGUUCUGCUUUUAUCUGGGUAGUUUACCACAAAGGAACUUUAUUAAACACCCCAUCUGCUCCAGAUCAGGUAAAGGGUCCAGUCUGUAGAGAAGUCAGAUUUAUUUGCUUGACCUUGGAGCUCUCUGAGAGCAGCAGAUAAAGUUAUUGAUUUUGCUUUUCUGAUAUCUGUUUUCAGCACAGACUAAAAUAGGCAAACAUCAGGGCCUUGGAGUAGUUUUUAAUGUCUAUAUUAGAUCUUCUCUGUGAUGAUUUCAUAUUCGUCUUUAUUAAACCAAACACCUGCGUCUGACAAUCUCAUGGCUGCAGCUGAAAUUUUACAAGUGAAGUCGUCACGAUGAGAACAAAUCUGAAAACGAAUCAGUUUUUUAGUCUGAUCAGUCACUGAGUUCUCUGCUGAGUCUGUCACUGUGUAAAUGCAGCUUUGUUGAUUUGGUCCGUUUUAGGUGUUUAACUCUCUCAUAUUUGUCUUAUCAUAGUUCGCUCUGAGUUUUUUUUUAAAUAGACGCUCUGCUCUCCAUGUGAAUACACUCUCAGUAACCCCGGGCUGACUUAUCAGGCCACUUUGUAAGAACUUUUCAGGUUGGUUAAGUCAGACUAACAGAAGACACUUGGGGUAUAUCGAGUUUGUUUCUUGGUCUAUUUGUUUUGGAGGGGAAGCCACUGCUGAUGUUACAGCUCUUUUAAAAACCUUAAGUAGAAUGAGCUCUAAAGAAAUGAUCACAAAACAAACUAAACAGAAAUUAUUUAAGCUGAUUUCAAAAUGAAACUGACUCCCAGACCGACUGUUUUCAGUGGAGGGUGUAAGAAGAAUGUGUGAUAUUCAGCAGUAAACGACUUAUGGAGUCCUUCAAACCCGAUCAGCCUAAUCCAAUUUUUCAGUUCCAGAUAUUUGCCCGGAUAAAAAAAGCUGCAAACACUUAUUGUGUUUUGUUAUUGUCGUCUGUAAAAUGAGAUAAAGUUCGAGAACAUCUGAAAGACGUCUUCAGCUUGUUCUGCUAAAUUAAUUUCAGUUUAUUUCAAGUAGCUGUUGGAUUGUUAAACGUUCUCAUUUAGAGUAUUUCCAUUAACAUCAGCCGCAGGGAUCUCAAAGCUCUUCCUUUUUCCCUAAUCUCCUCCUUUUUAAUCUUUUCCACUCAAAGGACAACCUGAAGAUGCUCGACGCCGUCCGUUUCUGCCUCAUCGAGAAACCGGUGCUGCAGAGGCUCUACGGCAGACUGAACCAGUGUCCCCUGAAGGAGUACGUGUCUGCUGCCCUGCGCUACCAUGAGCAGGAGAUCUGGCAGCCCGUCCUGCAGAGUCCCCUCACACAGCCGCGCUCCACCUUCCACUGUAUUCUGGGCUUCGGGGGGAUGUUCACCUCCAACUCCCUCGCAGACAAUGAGCAUUUGUUUCAGGUGUACCACCCGAGCUGGAGGGAGUGGAGGACGCUCAACGCAGCUCACACCCCCCGCAUGUCCAACCAGGGGAUCGCGGUCCUCAACAACUUCGUCUAUCUCAUCGGAGGGGACAAGAACACCAUCGGGUUUCAUGCAGAGACUCGCUGCUGGAGGUGAGGACUCAAAAACUGGUCUGCUUACUCACUUGGAGAUUCAUCGGGUGUUUAUUUUCUUAAUUGUGUAUAAAAAGCACCAAAUACGACUAAAUCAAUAAGAUGAUUGACAGGAAAUAAAAACUCUAUUUGUACAUUAAAGGCUUUCGUCUGUUUUUCCCAGAUACGACCCUCGCCACAACAGCUGGUGCUCCAUCCAGCCCCUGCAGAAGCAGCACGCUGACCACUGUGUGUGCGUCCUGGGCGGACACAUCUAUGCGAUCGGAGGGCGAGACUACAGCAACGAGCUGGACUCUGUGGAGCGAUACGACCCACACACCAACAAGUGGGAGUUUGUGUGUCCUCUAAAAAGAGAGGUACGAGGAUAGAGGAAGGGUGUAAUAUGCAUGUUCGCCACAUGAUGGUGCUACAGACUCACCUGUGUGCUGCUGACAGGGAUUUCCCUUCACACACACAGGCGUCUCCUCUCUUCUUCACCUUCUUUUUACUCUUCUUCCACCUCCUCUUCAGGUGUACGCUCACGCCGGAGCCGUGCUGGACGGGAAGAUGUACAUCACAUGUGGGCGCAGAGGGAGGGCGUACCUCAGGGAGACCUUCUGCUUUGACCCUGUGGCCAAUCACUGGACAGGGUGUGCUGACGGGCCAGAGGAGCGGGCGUGGCACGGCAUGGCAGCUGUGAAUAACCGCAUCUAUGUAAUCGGUGGAAGCAAUGAUAAGCUUCAAUACCGGCGUGAUGUCCUGAAGGUACGACGUCACCUGUCUUUAAUGCGAUCAAUGUGCAAUGAAGGAGGAGGAGAGAGGAGAGCAGGGAGAGGAGCAGGAGGAGGAGGAGGAGGAAGAGGAGGCAGGUGUGUGUGUCUGAAAAGAGACGGAGUAAAAAAGCAUGAGAGGAGAGGAGAGAGCUGCUAGACUGAACAGUGACACUGGUUCAUGAUAUUAUAAAUAUGAGCGUUAAAGUUUUUAUGUGAUAAAGAUGAAACCUUGAAAAGACUUAAGAGUUCAUGUUGGAUCAGCAGCCUGUGAUAAAAGAUCCUCGAACACCGUUUAAAGACACUUCAAUGCAGGUGACAGUCGUUCAUUUAAUAUCGUGAGAAUCUUCAGAAUAAAGUCAAAGCUCUUAGAGUGAAGUGUUGGAGUGUAAUCCUUUUCACAGCCAAUACAUCAGAGUUUUUAAAUAACAUGAAUAUAAUCUAGUGAGACAGACAGCCGUGCUUUAACGAAUAAAAAAGGAGAACUUAAUACAUUUUUAAAAGAGUCUGUCUCAGUUAUAAAGAGUGUUUAACUUUUGUUAUCUUGGUGUAAUGAUAAUUUUUAAUCAAAAUAAUCAUGAUUAUGAUUUGUACCAUGUAAGAGCAUCCCUAGGUUUACUUCAUGAACUCUAAUAAACAAAGACAGGUCUAAAGAAGCCUCAGAAUAUAUUCUUCUUAAAGUCAAUGAUGAUUUAAGGUUCUGUAUUUGCCUUUUGUCUCUGUUUUCUGUGUUUUUGUUUUAUUUUCAUUUGUUUGUCUCUGCAUUCAAAUCCCAACACAUAUUUUUUUGUUUUUUAACCUCGAUUCAAGACCAAAACUGACUUCAGGCAAAAUGUUUUUCAUCCCCAGAUGAGUAGACCUGUGUCAAGAAUCGACUUUUUGUGGUUAAAAUUUCAUAGAAAGUAGAAAAGUCUGUUUACCGAACUUCGAUUUGAAUUUUUCAUGAACUCAUUAACUCUACAAUUAUCUUAGGAAUCGUUUUUUUACUUUGUCAAGUUUGUAAUUUAAAAGAAAACUUGUAUUUAUAGACCUGUUCUCUUAGUAAAGGUUUGAAUAAGUCCUGUCCUCCUUUGUAAAAGACCUGAAGUCCCACCAGCGGUUCCUCAGAGUCCCCCCGUGGAGCUGAAACUCUUAGAUCAGGUCCUCGGUCAUGUUUAAUCUCUGUUGGAAGAACUCGCACAGAAUAAUUUCCUGUCCUCUUCUCAGGUGGCCUGCUUUGACCCUGAAGGUAACUCCUGGUCUCUAGUGACCCCCCUCCCUGCUGGACACGGAGAGCCGGGCGUGGCCGUGCUGGAGAACAGAAUCUACAUCCUGGGGGGGCGCUCUCACGACAAAGGCAACAGGAUGAAGUACGUCCACGUCUACAACACCGACACCGACGAGUGGGAGAACGACACCGACUUUAAGGAGCGGGUCUCUGGAAUGGCUUCCUGCGUCAUGCUCAUGCCCCCCGCUGUGAUCGCACACGCCAAGAGCUGGGAGCAGCGCACCAAGCCAUCAUGGGAAGAGUUGGACGUCGGCAACUCAGAGGAAUCGAGCGAGGGCUGAAUCGGACUCGAUGAACUGAAUGUCUAACCUGUGGAGAAUUUCAUGCACUUUUCUGAACCUGCAUGAUGCAUUUAGGUACUUUGGGGAUAUUUUUUCUAGUUCUGACACGUUGACCACUUUUGGUGCAUUUCCACCGAGCGGUCCAGUGUGUUGGCUGCCUGAUUUUUGACCCCCUUUGUUUUUCACACAGUGCUUUUAUUUUGAAAUUGUAAAAGAAUUAAGUGAAAAAGCUGGUUUAUGAGGCCUGUAUUGAAUUUGAGUUUGAGAAAAGUUGAAAUUGAUUACAUUGGCUGCAAAAAAUAUGAGAUAGAAUCAGGUUAUGGGUUUAAUUUUUCCUUAUUGUGAUCUCCCUCUUCCUUUGCAUCCAACUCUGUGCUCAGCUGGCGUCUUUUUGUGAAUUAAGCAACAAAACGACCCCUGAUUGGUAUGAAAAUGUGCAUAAUCUUCAGGUUAGGCUCAGUUUAACUCUGUAUGAUUGAUCCGCCCACAUCCCCUCUCUCUCUCUCUGGACCGCUCGGUUGGAAACGCAGCUCUCGAGUGCCUCCGAACCAAAGUAUCAUUCAGGAUUUUUGCACGCUUUGUUAUUUUUUAGAUGUUUCUUAGAUAUUUUACUCCCUCCAUGAAUCCCAGCAUGUAAAAAUGCAAACCUUUAUGGACUGAUGCCUGAUGAUUUAUCAGAAAGAGGUGAAGAAGACAGAUGGCUAUGCAAUAACGGUGAAUAUGGUCCUCCGCAGUGUUUUUCUUCUAAUAACUAACGAUAAAAGGUCUGAAGCGGUCAGCUUUUUUAAUGCUUCCCAUGAGUCGAGUUUAAUUCUUUAUUUGACUGUGAUUCAUCCCUCCAUUAUAACAUGUCUGGUUAAACACACUGGACUUAUCGUCGCUUCCAGACUACUGAGGACUCAUACAGAAGUGUUGCCGAACAUUGUGCCUUGUUUAUGUUGUUGCACCCUGAUUUUUAUUUUAUUUGUAGUCGUAGGUUUGGUGCCUCUGAUAUCACAUUAAGUUUGAACCUGAACGAUGACCAUAGACCGUAUAUAGAAUAGUAUAAAGUAUAUACAGUCUAUGACGAUGAUGCACUGGUGCUAAAGUUGGCACACCUCAGCUCACAUCAUGUUACGAUGUCUGUGUCUGAUUUAUGAACCUCGUGGAUGAAUUUGGUGUCUUUUUUUGGAUCUCUGACUUGACCCAAAGAGCAGAUUUCACUCUUUUUAUUCUUUUCUUCGCCUCACUCUUCAGCUUGUUGCCUCGUCUUUUGCUCUAACGCGAAGGAUUUGAUUACACUCCUCUAUUUAUCCCUUUUUUCUGUCACAGUUAAGGAAUUUCCUGGAUUAUGUCUACAGAUAUGAGAGAAAAUACUCUGUAUUUGGAUUUACUGUCACACAGAUCUGCCAGUUUGUUACCCUCUUCAUUCUUUAUGAAUUUAAAUAAAUAGUAAUAUAUAUAACUAUCACUUUUGUUCACUCAUGUUCUGGAGUUUUCACCCCUGCGAUGUGUGUAGGCUACAUUUGCUUACCGCACGUCAGUCUGGACUCUGCACUGUAAAAUUAAUUUAUGGUCAAACACACCGUAACACCGAGUUAGACCCCCCCUCCAGAGAUGAAUGUUGCCGACCGCUUGCUUCUCUAGUUAUACCAACUUUAGUAACGACCGCAGGAUAGCAAUACACAGAGGUCUGAGGAGCCAUAAACAAACCUCAACCAAAACGCC